AUGAAGCGCGGAGGCUAUCGUCAGAUCAACAAAGCACUCAACAUUUGUGCCUUUGAUGAAUACCUUGACACUCAACAAGAUACCCUCCCAAAACUAGAAGAUGUCGAGCAAAUCAGCCCCCGGGUCAUCCGGGUGCUAGGCCAAAAUGCUGGCAAGUUCACCCUGCAGGGAACGAACACGUAUAUUGUUGGAACAGGUCGAGAAAGAUUGAUCAUCGAUACCGGCCAAGGCAUUCCUGAAUGGGCCGACCUCAUCGCCUCUACACUCAAGGACUUAUCCAUCACGCUCUCCCACGUGCUUCUCACACAUUGGCACGGUGAUCACACCGGAGGUGUCCCAGAUUUGAUUCACCUCUACCCGCAUCUGUCGCAGUCUAUUCACAAACACAGCCCCGACCGAGACCAGAAGCCCAUUGUGGAUGGCCAGGUUUUUCAUGUUGAAGGCGCCACCGUCCGCGCGGUUCACACCCCGGGCCAUUCCCAUGACCACAUGUGCUUCAUCCUCGAAGAAGAGAAUGCUAUGUUUACCGGUGAUAAUGUUCUCGGGCAUGGGACGAGUGCGGUAGAGCUCCUCGGCACCUGGAUGGCCUCACUUCGAGGAAUGGGUGCGCAUCAGCGCGAGGUAGGUUAUCCUGCUCACGGCGAGGUCAUCCAUAAUCUUCCGGCCAAAAUUGCCGGGGAGCUAGAUCAAAAGGCAAGACGAGAGGCGCGAGUGAUGCAAACUUUGGCACGGAUCAAGAAGCAAGAGCAAAGUAAUCAGGGCCGAGGCAAGGGGAGCGUGACAGUCCAGCAAUUGGUGACCGCAAUGUAUGGGUAUGACCUGGACGAGCAGGUGCGCACAAUGGCACUGGAGCCAUUCACUGGUGAAGUCUUGGUUAAGCUGGCCGAAGAUGGAAGAGUCGCUUUCGAAGUCCGAAGAGGCGAGAAGCGGUGGUAUGCAGUGGAUCCAGUUUAA